CGGAAACUAAAUCCACACAACCAAAAAAAAAAAAUCUAUAUUUACCCAAAAAUAAAAUAAAAAAGAAGGAAAGAACAAGUACAUACCAAAGACAAUGGCGGCCUCUAGCAUGACGGCAAUCCCUGCUUCCGCAGGUUGUCAUAAGAUCGAGCUAAUGAAGGAAGGAGGCCUAGAGGGCAACGACAAGUACGUAAGCGGAGGAGGAGAGGAAGAAGAAGAAGGGUUGAGUUCCGAGUGCAGAGAGUUAUUGGAUUCACUUCCCAGAGAGAGAGGAUGGAGAACUCGAUAUCUUUACCUGUUUCAAGAGUUUUGGUGCCAAGCCAAGGAGAUUCAAUCUAUAAUGUCCUUUCAGAAACAUUUCAAAUCAGUGGACGGUGAUAUCAUAAUCGCAACCAUACCUAAAUCUGGAACCACCUGGUUGAAGGCCUUGACGUUUGCUCUUGUUAACCGUCACAGCUUCCCGGUCUCGUCGAGUGGCCAUCCUCUUCUCACUUCAAAUCCUCAUGAUCUCAUACCUUUCUUUGAGUACAAGCUUUAUGCAAACCACCGUUAUAUCCCCCACCUCUCCCAUAUUCCAAGCCCGAGAACUUUUGCCACCCACGUUCCUUUCGGUUCCCUGAAAGAUUCAAUCAAGAACUCCAAUGUUAAAGUCGUGUACCUUUGUCGGAACCCGUUCGACACAUUUGUCUCUUCUUGGCAUUAUGUCAACAACAUAAAAUCUGAAUCUACAAGCCCGAUUUCGCUAGACGAAGGUUUUGAUUUGUAUUGCAGGGGAGUCAUUGGGUUUGGCCCCUUCUGGGAGCACAUGUUGGGAUACUGGAAAGAGAGCUUGGAGCGACCAGACAGACUGUUGUUUUUGCAAUACGAGGACAUGAAGGAAGACAUAGAGUCAAACUUGAAGAAGCUGGCUGAUUUCUUGGGACUCCCUUUCACAGAAGAAGAGGAAAAACAAGGUGUUGCAAGGGAGAUUGCAAAGUUGUGCAGCUUUGACAAUCUGAGGAACUUGGAAGUCAACAAAUCCAGCAAAUCCAUCAAGAACUUCGAGAACAGGUUCUUGUUUAGGAAAGGUCAAGUGUCUGACUGGAUGAACUAUCUUCGCCCUUCUCAGGCGGAGAGAUUAUCCAAAUUAGUGGAUGAGAAGUUAGGAGACUCUGGCCUCGCUUUCAAGUGCAAUUGACAGAGAAAUCUAUCAGAAGCAGGUCACAUAACAUUUCCACUUCAUCUGAUAGAGGUGAAUUGUUGAGACCAAAUCUAUCAAAGAGGGCUGUUAUUGUUUCCAAGCAUCUUUUUCUUCUGUACUUCAUGCACGAUUUAUGUAACUAUCCGUGUUGCUAAUUCCUUCAUGCAUUAGUGAAAUACACAUCCUACCUUAUUUCA